GAUGGCCAGAUGAAUUUACCAGUCACGGGCAAGCUUGUGCCAUGUUAUGCUGGAGCUGUCUCGUGCGCAAUGACUCCAUGUCCCAUAAUGCUCCGCGGCGGGGGCUCAUCUCCUCCUCUCAGCUGAGAAGCUAGGUAAACAAACUGGGGGAGGAGUGAGAGCAGGCAGCAGGGACUUUGCAGGCUGUGGGCUUUUUGGGGGAUCUUUUAUAUCGUUUAUAUUCUUUUUUUACGAUUUGUAGUUGUCUGUUUCCUACACCCUUUUAAUACUUUGAUACUUCGACUUCGAGACUUGUAACAGCAGAACUCCGCCUGAAUUUGUUGCAAGGAGGCUAGCUAGCUUGCUCGUCGGCAACAAAUACCCUAGACCUAGACGUUAGUUAGCUGCAUAUUUUUUUGCAAGGUAUUCGAUUUUAACAACCAGCAAAUACAACAGCAUUUUAAUUUUCACAAGUCUCAGAUUAUAGACAGCAAUAUUUAUCCCUAAAAUAUCGAUAUCAGCCUGUCGCCUCAGUAAUAAUUCUGCCCAGUCGCUAACUGUAUCAGAUCCAACACGUAUCGUUAGCUCCAGCAGAAUGACGACGGGUGUACAGCUGAUUAAUAUCCAGAGGUUAUUGGAAGCUGCGGAAUAUCUAGAAAGAAGAGAACGAGAAUGCGAACACGGAUAUGCGUCGACGUUUCCAUCUAUCCAGAACACAAACUAUCAAAGACAGCGAAAGUUUCGAAACAAAAAGUUCAACAAUAACCACAACAGGUCCACACACAACGAGCUGGAGAAAAACCGGCGAGCUCAUCUCCGGCUGUGUCUGGAGAGACUGAAGGCCCUCAUCCCGCUGGGGCCAGACUGCAACCGCCACACCACCCUGGGGCUGCUCAACAAAGCCAAAGCACAUAUAAAGAAACUUGAAGAGGCGGACCGCCGGAGCCUGCACCAGCUGGACUGCCUGGAGCGGGAGCAGCGUCACCUCCAGAGGCAGCUGGACCUGCUUCAGGGCUCCGGGGGCGCCACCUCGCUAGCGGCCGGACCGCAGUCCUCCUCCUCCUCCUGCUCCAUCUCCUCUCCGUCCUGCUCCCCUUCCUCCUCUGGCGAGGGCGGCGAGCGGAUACGCAUGGACAGCGUAGGCUCCACCCUGUGCUCCGACCGCUCCGAUUCCGACCAAGAAGAGAUCGAGGUGGACGUGGAGGGCACGGAGUUCUCCCACGGCGAGCUGGACAGCGCCAGUACGGCCAGCACCAGCGACCUGGACGACCACAGCAGCCUGCAGAGCGUGGCCAGCGACGAGGGCUACUCCAGCUGCAGUGUCAAGCUGGCCUCCUAGAGACUGCCCCCAAUCAGCCACCACCACCCCCUCCAAUCACCCCCCCUCCAACCAACCCCCUUCACCAUCAGACAACUGGUCAAACCAACGACCAACCGAUCACCCAACCAGCCAGCCAGCCAGCCAGCCAGCCACGAGGGCUACUCCAGCUGCAGUGUCAAGCUGGCCUCCUAGAGACUGUGCCCAAUCUCCAGCCUCCUCCAAUCUCCACCCCCUUUACCCAAACAACCAAUGGCCCCUCUUCACUUGCUCUUUAAGUACAACCAGUCAAACAACCAACCAGCUAUGGCCCGUCUACUCAGGCCCGUCUAGCAGCAGUGUCAAGCGGACGCCCCCAGAGAGACUGCCCCAACCCCCCACCCACUCCAACCACUCCCUUUUACGAUCAGACAACCAGUCAAACCACCACCAAUGGCUCCUCUUCACUUACCCUACUGGUUUCUAAACUGGCCUCUUUGUGACUGCCUCAACCUCCAGCCUCUGUUCAAUCCUUCCAUCACCUUACACCCUUCAUCAAAAACCAGAGAAACAGUGGCCCGUUUACACCUGCUUUAAGGUGUACCCACCAGCGACGAGGGCUGGGAUUGGUUAGUCUUUCGGAGGCCCACUUGCGUCCCUUCCAACCCCUCUCACCAAAAACCAAGCAUUCAGACGACAAAACCAACCGGCCAACUACGGCCCCUACUCUACAUCCUAUUGUACACGUACACUCUACUCAACUCCAACUUGAGAUGCGCCUGCUUCCCUCCUACCUUCCUUACGUCCCGACAUCACCCACAACUGCUUCCCCCUUACGCCUGUCCAAAUACCCUCUCUUCUCCUGGGUACUCCCCACUUCCUCUUCCCUCUCCAACAGGAAAUCCAGUCCCACCCUCCAACCCCCUAAGCCCAAAGUCCAUCCACACCCAGCCUACAACACAGACUGAACUCUUUUGACUUGCCUCUCUGCAAAAAGCCCUUCCUUGGCCCUCAACCCCUCAAUGACGACCACUAUCACCAUCACCACUACCACCACCACCGCCAUCUUGAAUUUCGGAAAGGUGGUAUCAGCAAAGCAGCCGACCCCACCACCCCUCCUCUCUGCUCUCUCCAGCUUCCUCCUCCCCCUCCCCAUUGAACACCAUGGCAAGAGCAGUGGAUCGGUCGGGUCGCUCACCGUGACGACGGGUUGAAGCUGUGUUCCCGACCCCGAGUGCGUGUUUUGCAUGAGGAGCAUUUUAUGUGCCCUUGUUUUUUGCGAAAUGGGGGUAGGGGGUGGGUUGGGUUGAAAAUUUCUUACGUUUCGUCGGGGGGUUGUGGAUUUUAUUUGUUUUGGUGUGUGUUGUACAGGGCCUUGCUGUAUGCCACUUAAAAGCUUCAGACACAGUGAUGCCAUGCAGAAGCCUUCCUUGAAGUGUGUGAAGCUGUUAAGGACAGGAAGAGGGGGUGUUGUUGGUAGAUCUCGUGAACAAAGGCUUUUGCCAUUGAGCGCAACGAAAAAGCCUACUUCAUCACUUCUUAGGUUUGGUUUUAUUUGCAACGGCAGUUGGGCAUAUAGGAAUUUUUACUUGUGUGGUUUUAAAAAGAGAUGAAAAAAAACGUCCAUUUUGAAUUCAAGAUUCACAUACGUACUGAAAACAAAGACCAAAAAAAACAACAAGAAAAGAAAUCGAAGCACUUAAAAUUGAACUGUUAUUUAGGGUUUUUUGUUUCAAGCUCAGUCUUACUGUUAGUGUGUGAAUCCUAAAAUGACCACCUUUUUGUCAGCGUCGGUUUUUACUUUUACAUCUGCCGACUGACCACGUACAAGUAGAACCUUUUGGAAUGCAUUGUAGUCUGUGUGUGUAUUGUUGUGUGGGGGAGGGCGGGGGGGCUCGCAAACUUUUUUGCCAUAUCAACACUGGUUUUUGGCCUGCUUGCUUCCGCAGUUUAUUUGGAUGACAUUAUUGUUUUUGUUUUGUUUUUUCUCUCUUCUUCCUCCACAUGCUCUUUGGUUUGUACCAGCCCUUCACUGGCACAAAUACUGUUUUUUUGGUGCUACGUGAUAAAAGAAAAACAAAAACCUUGGCCACGGAUUACUACUUUGAGUAAUUCCAUUGCCCACCAAAAAAAAACCAUAGACAAAAAGUAUGUUUGUCCUCCUUGGUCCAACAACCCUUGUCGCUCCCCUGUUUGUGACGUUUUUGAGGUGAGAUUUCAAGGAGUGGCAUUCAAUGUAAGCGCAGCUGCAGUACCACCACCACAACCACCACCAAGCGCCACCACUUCUUAUUGCACUUGCAUACUCAGUAGGUGGGCAUAGCAAAACAGGCUUGAUAUAUUGAUAUUUCAACAAUAAUAAUUAAAGAAAAACAAAAGAAAACCCAGAAAAAAUGGAAAAAGAGAAGGACAAAAAAAGGACUUUCCAAUAGACAACCCUCCUAGCAGUAACAAGCAAUAACUCCUGUAGUGAUCUCUAUUUCUCUGUCUCGCUCUCUCUCUCUUCUCUUCUCUCGCUUUCUCUCUCCUCUUUCUCUCUCGGCAAUUUGGACAUCUCUCCAGAGAUGCAAGACCCAAAGUUGUCCGUCCAGUAAGCAGCUCUUACGACUUGCUUAUGAAUAUUAUUUUUAUUUUGUACAUACAAUACAGAUAGUUUAAUAAUAAAGAAAAAAGAUUUUAAAUGAAGGAAUGUGGAGUUUUAAAAAGAAAAAAAGGAAAAAAAAUGGUAGGAGCUGUUUGCUGUCCGGUCCCUUGAUAUUUGAACUCUGUUUUUUGUGUCAUCUGUGUGUAUGUGUGUGCGCGUGUUUUUAAAAGUUAUAUUUUUCUCUCAAGAAUUCGGACGGCCAAGUGCGCCCUAAGACACAGGUGGGGCAUGGACAGUGUUAUACUUUGUUCGUUUUGCUGGUUGAAAGGUUCAAAAGUUUCCACUUUGUAUCCAGACCAAAAGAAGGAAAGAAAAAAAAGGCACACACAUACACACGAAAGAAAUAACAAAGAAAAACAGAAGAAGUUAUGGGUCCCACACCAAAGUAGGAAAAUAAAAAACAAUUUGAGAAUAAGGUUCCAUACCAGCUUAACUACGAAAAAGGCUUUGUGAAACUUUUCACCUCCUAUGGAGCAGUCUAAAGUUUCUCAUUCUUGGAGAUUACGAUGAGGUUGACGGAGAGUUGAAUGUCUUGUGUGACACGGUAAACUCAGAUAUAAAGAUGGAAGAAAAAUUGUACUAAAUAUAUCACCGAUGCCUUGUAAUAUUAUUCUUACCUGUACUGCAAAGGAACCCAGCGUACAACAUGUUUUUUUGUUUGUUUUUCACAAAGUCAAAUCCAAAGUAAAACUGAUAUGAGGAAUUCAAUCUAUCUCAUCCUCGGGAACCUACGCUCAAAUUAAAAACAAAAUCCCUCUGGUGGAAGACCUAUUAUUUUUAGGACAUUUUAAAAGAACAUGACUCGAUGAUGAUUACUCCUUCCUUUUUUUCCUCCCUGCGUUCAUCAUAAAAAAAAGAAAUGUAUUUAUUUUCUCAAUGUAUUGUACCUUUUUUGUUUUCCUUGGUUCAUAUUUUUCCAGGUGACAUGUCAUGCAUUCCACUGUCAUUUUAGGUGCAUAAGGUUGUUUUCCUUGCAUAUUUUAAAGAAAAAAGCUUCUGGACCGAAUCUUUUUUGUUAUUUGUUCUUCCUUAACCCAACUAUCUUUUAUUUAAUCCAUAUACACUUCUUGAUCACAUCCCCUGCUGUAAGUUUUGUCCUCUCGUGUUUUUGCUCUUUGUCACUCUGCCCAGAAGGCUUACAGCUUGUCCAUAUUUAUUUUAUCUUAAUUUUUGUCCUUCUUGCUAUAACUCAAAAAAAUGACAAAAAGAAAAAAACCUAAUUUAUUUGUUUGUCCUUGUCCAAAAAGUAGUGUCACCUCUUUUUAUUUGUUUGACGUAAAUAUCACUUCUUUUCUUGUUGUUAUUCACAGAAUUUGGUUAUUUUUUAAUAUAUUUGGAGGGGCAAAAACAAACAAACAAAAAAUAUAUACAUCCCAGGUUGUGUAGCCAUUUUAUUUAUUUUAAUUCCUUUAUCCUUCCCAAUUCUGUUGCUGAUAUUGAGAGCGCAGAAUGAGAUUCUCAUCCUGCCUAGGGUUAGCUACCUGUCUGUAACAAAUUUACGAAAAAGGCUGCAAUCCAAUUCAGCCUUUAUUAUGUUCCAGUCAACAAAAGGAGUCCAGUGUCCUUUUAAGGUCCUGUUUUAAAACUGAAUAAGAUGUUCAGAGGCACCUCAGAAAGGCGUCAGGAUUAUUUUUUGGUAGUCACCCGAACCAAACACUCCACUGGCUUACUAGAAAAAGCGGAAAACUUCUGCGAGUUCCGACUGUCUUUGCUUCGUGUGUUACUGGAGUCAUUAUCACUGUCGUCAAUGAAGCUUGACCUUAAGGAAGUGAUUUGGAAAUGAAAUGUUAUGUAAUGUCAGACAUUUUGUGGUAGCCUCGUUUUUGGCUCCAAGAGAAUAAGCUCUCUUUCUUCUCUCUAUUUAUCUUUUUAUCUCUCCCUCUCUCUCUCUUUUGUUGUUUUGGCCGAUGAGAAGAAUCGAACUUCUAAAGAAGAACAUGGUAAUAAAUAAAAAGAGAAUUAAAAAAAAAACCUUUUUAAAAACGUGGUGCUCUUCCUCAGCCAAUGGCCAAACCCCCUUGUCACAAGACUCCCCUCCCCCCCCCUCGUGUGAUACUACUAUAGCCUAUUUCCCCAACCACCGAGGAGGGUGCAUUUCUCUUUCUUUUUAUCCCCCCCAUUUCUCUCUCUCUCUCAUCUCUCAUGACUCCAUUCUUAUGUUGUUACUUUUAUUUCAUUUUUUUGGAGUAUUAAGUUGUUUUUGUUUUUUGCUUUCUGUUUUUGUUUUGUUUUCUCGGAAAUCUGCACUAUGAUAAAAGAAGAAAAAAAAAAACACGUGGGGCCCAUUGUUAACAUUGACGACAACACCGUGUUCCUCCGAUGAAACGGCCUCGAGUCGCCACCACCUAUAACAAUGUGUUGUGUGGGGAGCCCACCUACACACACACACACACACACCCAGAGCCCCCCCCCCCCUGUAUGCACGGUGCAUACGGUAUCCUGGCGAUAGUCGCAAGGGGAUUGAUAUACAAAAUGGACUGUUCCAAUGUGACAGAUGGGAGCAGUGACGGCGGCUGCUCUGGUCCCUGUGUAGUCAAGAGCCCCUAGUGUCAUGUCAUGUGUCGGUGCUGGCUUUGGAAUUUCACUGAAUGAGUGAGAAGGGAGAGCUGAGCUGUCGAUGAAAAAAAAAAGAAAUAAAGCUAUUCCACCCUGGAAAAAUA